AGAGGAAGUGAGAGACAGUUGGCGCUCGCUUUUCCAUACUGUAUUGGUGGUGGCAAAAUGGCAGCUUCUGUCUCAUCCGUCCCCCUUCCUCUAGCUCCCUCACCCUCUCCUGAGAGAAGUAACCCAGAUUUCAAAAUGAAUCGCUGCCUGUUCCCCUCAAUCUUUCUCCUCUCUCUCUCUCUCUCUCUCUCUCUCUCUCUCUCUCUCUCUCUCUCUCUCUCUCUCUCUCUCCAUCUCUCAUCCUCUUCUUAGUAAAACAGAAUCAAUCUUGGAAAGAGAGUACCACCUCUCUAUCUCGUCCUCCUCCUCACCCUGCCUCUGGGUUAACGGAUAUAUACCACUUGACUCUUCUAUCUUUGGUUCCUAGAAAGCUUGAAUCUCUUGAAACGCUUGUUGCUUUCGCUUUUUGUUGUAAUAGGUUUUUCUUUUCUUUUCGUUAAUUUUGGCUGAUUCUUUUGCACUUGCCACAGCACUACUUCUCUUGGUCUUUUCUUCCUGUCUUACUGGUUUUAUUUUGAGGUGACCAGCUACAGGUGUGACACCUUAGCCUUUCUUCUGAAGUGAGCGAAGAAAGGGGGAGAAGGAGAAGAAAGCUGUCUUAAAUUCACGCCUUUCCUUUAAAAUCACCACAAAUCCAGGCAUCAUGUCGACCCCGGUCUCCCCUUCCCCCUCCCUCUCCCCGUUGACGCUGGCCUCCCCUACAUCGGCAACCUCCCUCGGUGCCUCACCCCUGCCCUCGCUUCUCUCCACUCCACCAAGAGUGCCUGUGUUCCAGAGGAAGGGAGCGCUCAAACAUAAGAGGAUUGUCGAGGUGAAAGACCACCAGUUCACGGCCCGCUUCUUCAAACAGCCCACCUUCUGCAGCCACUGCACCGACUUCAUCUGGGGCAUCGGCAAACAGGGAUUCCAAUGUCAAGUUUGCUGUUUUGUGGUCCACAAAAGAUGUCAUGAAUUUGUGACCUUCACUUGUCCCGGCUCUGUGGCGGGCCCCCAACCAGAUGACCUGAAGAGUCAACACACAUUUAAAGCCCACACUUACUCCAGUCCCACCUUCUGCGAUCACUGUGGCUCGCUGUUGUACGGCCUCAUACACCAGGGCAUGAAAUGUGGCUGUUGCGACAUGAACGUCCAUCGACGGUGCGAGACCAGUGUUCCCAGUCUCUGUGGUGAAGACCACACGGAGAAGAGAGGGAGGAUCCACCUGACUGUCAGAGGAGAGAGUGAGGAUGUCUUUGUCACAGUGCGGGAGGCUCGUAACCUGAUGCCCAUGGAUCCAAACGGACUGUCAGACCCGUAUGUUAAACUGAAAUUGAUUCCAGACCCGAAGAGCCACAGCAAACAGAAGACAAAGACCAUCCGCUCAACACUCAAUCCCAUCUGGAAUGAGAGUUUCACCUUCUCAGUGCGCGGCCACCAGUGGGACAGGCGUCUGUCUGUUGAGGUAUGGGACUGGGACCGCACGUCUAGGAACGAUUUCAUGGGAGCGCUGUCAUUCGGAGUGAGUGAGAUCUUCAGGCGUCCCAUCAGCGGCUGGUUCAAACUGCUGGCUCAAGAUGAAGGAGAGUACUACAACAUCCCCGUGCCAGACCCUGACCUACAGGAGCCUCAGCUGGAAGGCACAACACCCUCUCAGCCUCAUGCACUACCUGCCGUGCUGUCUGAGCCGUUCACUGUGGCCCUGUCCCCGACCCCUGUACCGUCCUGCCCGCCAGUCCACAACCCAGGCCCCGCCAAAGUCAAAGUGGGCAUCCUCGACUUCAACUUCCUCAUGGUGCUGGGGAAAGGCAGCUUUGGCAAGGUGCUGCUGGCAGAGGAGCGAGGCAGCGAGCGUCUGUUCGCCGUGAAAGUGUUAAAGAAAGACGUUCUCUUCCAGGACGAGGACACGGAGAGCGCCCUGGUGGAGAGGAGGGUUCUGGCGCUUUCUUCUCGCCCUCACUUCCUCACUUCACUCUACUGCGCCUUCCAGACUGAGGAUCGUCUGUAUUAUGUGAUGGAAUACGUCAACGGAGGAGACCUGAUGUUUCACAUUCAGAUAGUCGGCAAGUUCAAAGAGCCUCACGCAGCGUUUUAUGCAGCGGAGAUAGCAGUCGGCCUCUUCUUCCUCCACAGCAAAGGCAUCAUCUACAGGGAUCUAAAGCUGGAUAAUGUGCUGCUUGACAGCGAGGGCCACAUAAAGAUAGCUGACUUCGGGAUGUGCCGGGAGGGCUUGUUUGAGGGCGACACAACACAGACCUUCUGCGGCACUCCUGACUACAUCGCCCCUGAGAUUGUGGCAUAUCAGCCCUAUGAUAAAGCAGUGGACUGGUGGUCUUUUGGAGUACUGCUGUAUGAAAUGCUGGCAGGACAGCCCCCAUUUGAUGGUAUUGACGAGGAGGAGCUGUUUCAGUCCAUCAUGGAGCAGAGUGUUAUAUACCCGAAAAGUCUCACUCGUGAAGCUGUCGCUAUCUGCAAGGGACUCCUGACAAAGCACCCGGCCAAGCGUCUGGGUGGAGGAGAGGAUGCAGAGAGAGAAAUCAGGGAGCAUCCGUUCUUCCGCUGGAUUGACUGGGACCGUCUGGAGAGACUGGAGAUCCAGGCGCCCUUCAAACCAAGAACUGGUGGGAAAAAUGGUGAAAACUUCGACAAGUUCUUCACAGCAGCUCCGUCAGUGCUCACUCCCUCUGACCCGGAUAUACUAGCAGCCAUCAACCAAGAAGACUUCCAGGACUUCACCUUCCAAAACUCAGACUUUGCCCCCUCGCCUCUCACCGCUGUUUGAAAACGGCUCCAACAACCCCCUCCAAGUGUACCCAGACUACCCUGUUAAUCCCCCUAAUAGUAGUUUUCUAACAAAGAAUUUGAACAUGAGAACUAGCAGUGAGUAUUAAAGACACCUCUCAUAACCAAAUCCUGACGUUUACAUGAAAAUGCCAAGACACCUUUAUAUUCAUGCACUCUCUUUGAUGUAUUUAUUUGAUCUUUAUAGUCACAGAAUAUGUUGCAGCAAUGCAAACAAAGCCAGUAUUAUACUGUAGAUUUCAAUCUUAGAGUUUCUUUUUGAUAGACAUCCCCUUGAUAUAAGAGUACUGUAGGAAAUGAAUCUCUUUUGCAUGCAGUGUUUUUAGAAUGAAAUGCAUUGACACACUAGUUUUCUAUAGCUAUAGAUUAUCCAAGAAAGUAUACCUGUGUAACUUUACAACCAAUUUAUAUAAAACCGUUUCCAUUACUACGAUUAGAAUUGUGUUGUGAGAAGCUGUAUUUUACAAAAGUCAGGUUUUACUCAUGCAGCUGUACACGGCACAUAGCAGGCAGUCACUUUUUAAUCAUUUUGCACUUCAUACACAUGAUUUAAAAAUGUUUCUUAGCAGGUUUAUUCUAGUCUAAUAAUACAUUUAUACACAGUACAAUAAUUCAGCAUCAAAAGCACUAAGAUGUGUCUUUCUAAAUAUCUAUCUCACUAUGUUUGUGUGUUGGGAGUGUUGACACUUUGACUAUGAUGCAAACUGAGCGAAUAGCCUUUUUGUUUUUAUUAGACUGGCAUCCUUUGGAAGAGCUCGGUCAGGUUCAUCUGGCCUGACCCGACCUCUCAGUUUAACGUCACACCGGUGACCUCAGAUGACCCGCUGAAACAACGCGUCGGCCACAAUGUGACUGUUAAUGUAGGCUGCAGUGUUAAAUCCAACCCCCCAGCUCGUGCCCACUCUGCCUGACUCUACUGUCACUGGGAGGAAGUCCUCACAUCACUGCCACAGUUUGGGCUGCAUCAUUUUUUAUUCACAUGAUUUUUUUCUCUCUAUUCUUCUUGAGCAAGCCUCUCCACAUUGCAAUAUACAGUAUCCGUGCUCCUUAACGACAUCCUACAACUGCACCGAAAUAUGUAUUUGCAGUCUUAGAAAAUAUUAAUAAUGUUUUCGGGAAAUACUUGAUUAUUUUUGUGGUGUAUACCAUAAAGCUUUUUGCUGUGUAAUGACGUACUCACAGCAUUGAUUAGGCAUAAUUAAAGUGAGGCUCACUGGGACUGUUCAAUACAUGGAAAAAUAAUAGCAGCACUGUCAUUAAACACUAUCUGAGCAGGGCAAGUGGCUGCAAACAUACAGUUUAAUAAUCCCAUUUCAGUGCUCUUAUCUCACAAACCAGCUAUUUCUCACAGAAAUCUGUUUUUCUUUAAAGCAUUUAUCGUGUUUUGUUUUUAUAUUCCAUGUCAGCGUAAUGAUAAUUAUAACCAUUUCUUAUGCAGAGGAGCAAAAUCGUACAGAUUUGCUUUAAAUGUGUGUGUCCCUUUUUAAAAAGUAGCCAACUGUAAAAGGUCACAGCAGUUCAUCUGAUCGCCUUCGCUUCGUUUGAGUUGAGGUGUAAUGUCACAACACACAAUACUUUAACACGGUAGACGAUACACUCAAUAAUAUAUAAUUCCAUUGAUAAUUUAUGUAUCUUUUAGUUGAGUUAACUUCUGUUUUUAUCUGCUGCAAAAAGAACAUCGAAAUAAACUUACUGAAAAAAUCAUGAAACAAGAUCAAGUGAAGUGUUUCAUUCUGUGAUUUUGUGCGAAGCUUCUGAGAAACAAACAUGCACAGCCUCUCGCUUUGUCUCCUCCUCACGCCUCUCUGUCACGCUCACUCCCUCUCCCUCACUUUCACACAUACUCACACUCGAAAGUGCAAUCUCAAGCAUGUGCGCACACACACACACACACACACACACACACACACACACACACACACACACACACACACACACUCUCACACACACACACAGAGAAGAUGCUGACCCCUCUAUUUACUGUGAUACUGUAGUUGUCGAACCAGCAAAACCACCUCUCAGGCAUCUCACUUUCAUUCCCUCCUCCUCUUCUGAAGCAGCCUCACACUCCCACCUCCUCCACCCUUCAGCCCCGCCCCCCCCCCCCCUCUCCAACCCCUCAAGCAUCAUGAUGGGACUAAUAUCCCCAUAGAGAUCUGAGUUAUAACAAGUUGACCUUCACAUUAAAAUCUCAUCAACUUCCCAUCUCCCUGUCUUCCUUUCUUUCUGCCCUUGAUCUCUCUUCUUUGUUUUGUUUGUCUGUUCUGUCAGUGCUGCACUGUAAAUGCUUUAAUGUCAUUGUCUGUAAAUCAUAUUGUCAGAAUGUAUUAUUGUUGCUUUUAUCUCUUUGAUAUACUCCCCACUGUUGCUUUUUUUUUUAAUCGUGUCUUAACUUGUCUCUGCAUCAAUAUUAUGAUCUGUUUUACACUUAUUUAUGCUCUAAUAAUGGUGUUAGAGAGAGUUUUCUCAGAUUUUAAUAAAAAAAAAGAAAUAUUGCAUCCCAAUUUUGAAGAUAACACACAGCUUGAUUUUCCUUGUGUUGCUGUGAUUCCAUAAAAACAAUGUCACUAAUCAUGUCAAGAAAUAUGACUUUAAUAUUUUGAUCGGUUUUAUAUUGAUUUCUGUGAUGACACACUUAAUGUAGAUAUCUUUCUAGUGGCAGAUGAGGCUUUUUUAUAGUCUGUGAUGUAUGCCUAACCUACAGUUUCACACUUAAAUACGGUGUUGUAAAGGAAAUAAAACAUGGAAUGUCACUCUUCUGAAAAGAAACAAUCCUGAUGGGUUUGUUUGAUGUUCACCUGAUGUCGACUGCCUGAUUUUAAACUCCUAACGACAACCUUUACUCCAACCUUGACAGUAUCUGCCUUUGUGUAACCAAACCUCCCGGCUCUCCAGUCGGAGUUGGGUGUGCAGUCUAUCAUUCACUGUCACUUUGACAUGAUAUCAUCCCUCUUCUUCACUGCUGCCUCCUCUUCCUCCCUCCCUCUCUACCUCUCUGUACUCAAUCUCUCAUUCUCAACUCGCUCUCUCUCCCUCUCACUUUCUCGGUCAUGCCCUGAGGUCAGAGUGUGCUGUAGACUAUUGAUAUCGUUACUAAAAAUAUAGGAUUCCUCCACCAGCCAGCUAAAAAUAGACCAAGGGACACGGACCACAGGAGACAGAGGAGGAGGGGGCAAGAGGAAGAGGAUGAGAGGGAUGAAAAGAGAUAGAAAGAGAGGGAGGGAGAGGUUACUAGCUGUGCUGUUUAACUGGGGUUAAAUGACAGUGUCUAACAAGAUCUUGAAUGAACCACAGCUACUAGAGGAGAUUGUGUUUUCUACUGAUAUUUGAUACUUAAUGCUGUAAAUUAGAUUUCA